GUCUAAACCUUAUUGAGGAAGGUGUCUGUCAACAAUUGAAGUGACGUUACAACCUUCCAACUGAAAUUCUUAAGCAUGCCAGCUUUAUCAACUGGAUCUAGUGGAGAUGCAGGUCUGUAUGAGCUGCUGGCUUCACUGCCAGCUCAGCUGCAGCCACAUGUGGACAACCAAGAAGACAUGACCUUCCUCUGGGAUAUGUUUGGUGAAAAAAGCCUUCAUUCUCUGGUAAAGAUUCAUGAGAAAUUGCAUCACUAUGAAAAACAGAGCCCCGUGCCCAUGUUGCACGAUGCAUCAGCUUUGGCAGAUGAUCUGGCUGAAGAACUGCAGAAUAAACCACUAAACAAUGAGAUCAGAGAACUCUUGCAGCUGCUGUCCAAACCUAGUCUGAAGGCUUUGCUUUCUGUACAUGAUAUUGUUGCUGAGAAAAGCUAUGAUCCUGUAUUGCCUCCCAUGCCUGACGAUAUUGAUAAUGAAGAAGAUUCUGUAAAAAUCAUCAGACUCGUAAAAAAUAGAGAACCUCUGGGAGCUACUAUUAAAAGGGAUGAAAACACAGGUGCUGUUGUUGUGGCUCGGAUAAUGCGUGGGGGGGCGGCAGACCGAAGUGGUCUCAUUCAUGUAGGUGAUGAGCUAAAGGAAGUCAAUGGAAUUUCAGUGGAGGAUAAAAAACCAGAAGAAAUUAUACAAAUUCUGUCUCUGUCCCAAGGAGCCAUUACAUUUAAGAUUAUACCCAGUAUCAAAGAAGAAGUCUCAUCGAAAGAAGGCAAGAUCUUCAUGAAAGCUCUUUUUGACUACAAUCCCAAAGAAGAUAAAGCAAUUCCUUGUAAAGAAGCUGGACUUCCUUUCGGAAAAGGUGAUAUUCUUCAAAUCAUGAGCCAAGAUGAUGCAACCUGGUGGCAAGCCAAGCUGGAAAGUGAUGCCAAUCCCAGAGCAGGCUUAGUUCCUUCAAAACACUUCCAGGAAAGGAGACUUGCAUUAAGAAGAUCAGAUGUACAGUUUCAGCCCUUGAAGAUUUCAAAUAAGAAAUCAUCUGGCUUUAGGAGAAGUUUUCGCCUAAGCAGAAAGGAUAAAAAAACGAACAAGACAAUGUAUGAGUGCAAGAAGAGUGAUCAGUACGACACAGCAGAUGUCCCUACCUAUGAAGAAGUAGCAAAAUAUAGGCGGCAGCCUAAUGAAAAAUAUAGACUUGUUGUUUUAGUUGGUCCUGUUGGUGUAGGACUGAAUGAACUAAAACGGAAAUUGUUAAUCAGUGACACUCACUAUUAUGGUGUAACAGUUCCACACACAACAAGACCUCGAAGAAGCCAAGAAAGUGAUGGUGUUGAAUACACUUUUAUUUCCAAGCACUUGUUCGAGACAGAUAUACAGAAUAACAAGUUUAUUGAAUAUGGGGAAUAUAAAAAUAAUUACUAUGGUACCAGCAUUGACUCAGUUAGAGCUGUUCUGGCAAAAAAUAAAGUUUGUUUGUUAGAUGUACAGCCUCAUACAGUGAAGCAUCUAAGGACUUUGGAAUUCAAACCAUUUGUGAUAUUUAUAAAACCUCCAUCAAUUGAGCGUUUAAGAGAGACACGAAAAAAUGCCAAAAUAAUUUCAAGUAAGGAUGAAAAAGGUGCUGCCAAGCCUUUUCAAGAAGAAGAUUUUCAAGAAAUGAUUAAAUCUUCCCAGAUUAUGGAAAGUCAAUACAGCCAUCUUUUUGACAAAGUUGUAGUGAAUGAUGAUCUUACCAUAGCAUACAAUGAAUUGAAAACAAUUUUUGAGAAACUGGAGAGAGAAGCAUUUUGGGUCCCAGUCAGUUGGGUGCAUUCCUAAUGCUACACAAAUGUCUUCAUGGUAGUUAGCUUGGGUCUAAGUGGACGUAUUGUUUAAGGGGUCUUUUUCUAGUUAUAACAUUUUGGAUGAACAUUGCAGAAGACGGUUGACCUUAUUUUCUGUGGGUUGAUAAUACAGUUUUCUAGGUAGCAGAACAAAGUGAAGCCUUAUUUUUAUUUAAUUGUUUUCUUCUUUUUUUUUUUUUUUUUUUAAAAAAUGUCCUCAACUACUAUAGUACUCUCUUUCAUAAAUAAUUUGCAUUCCCCGUGACAUUUCCUUUAAACUAAAAAGAUCUUAACAUGCAAGAUCAUUACUAGUACUAUAUCUGAUUUCGGUUAGCACUUGAGAAUAUAUUAUAACUGGAGCAUUUAUUUUUUAAGAAUAUAAGCGUCUGUUUAGUACUGAUCUAUAAUGCAAAUUGCUCCUCUAUAUUCAUCUUGACAUGGAAUAAAUUUAAGUUACUUUGGUGGAAAAAUUAACUAUUGAAAUUUCUUUUCAAUAAGAAAUAUGUAAUAUUUUACACCUUGAGUAUUUGUAUAUUGUCGUGUUGGAUUUAAGACAAUGAGAUUUUCAUUUAAAUCAAGCUUGAAAUUGUUUGAAUAAUUCUUACAUAAGAAUAAAAUAAUGUGGUGGAGGAUCGUAGCCUUUGUAAUUGAGUCAGUUGUAUACAUGUAUUUAUACUUUAUUAAUUUAAAUAUAUAUCUUUCUAAAACUGCCUUUGAGAAGAACCAACAAACUGUGUUUCAGUGUGAAAAACCUGUGAAUCAUUUCCAUUUUACACACGUCACAGGUAGUUAAUACUUAAAGCUUCUAUUCUCUCAAAUGAAGAAAGAAACUUUAAAUUUUUCUCUAGACACCAAAUGAGUUACUGGAUAAGGAAAAAUAUAUGUUAUGUGUUAGUGAAUCUGUCUUACCAAGAGCAUGUGAUGAUUAUGCAUCAUAGCCUUAGCAUGCAAAGAAGCAGCUCAGUUAUUUUAUGCUAACAUUUAAAGUGUUAGCAUCUUAUAUAAAGGCAAAGAAAUUUAGGAAUUUAUAUAUAUAUAUAUACGAGUUUAUGACAAAAGAUCUAAAUAGAUUUUUAAAUAUUUCUUGAUGCAAUUUAUUAAACAAAUCCAUUGGUCUUUGUGGUUUGAACACUGACUUGACAGUUCAACAUUCCAUAUAAAUAUUUUAGUUUAGGUAGAGAAAACUCACCAGGCCUUUGCCAGAGCAGUAUAAAUAGGCGGUUGCAUUUAUGAUUUCAAAUUAUAUUACACACAGGAAGUGCCAACAAUUACAAUGUAAUCUUGGAAAUAUACAAUAGUUUGACACAUCUGUAACUUGGCACUGAACAUAUGCAAUAUGCUCUUCAAUGUCUCAGGCUUUCUUGUAUUUUGUGAAUUAAAUAUGAUUGUUUUUCAGUACCAUUUCAUUUGCAUGAAAAUACUGAUCAGGAUUAAAGGUAGUCCUUGACUUAAGACCAACAUUUGGACCAGAACUUUGGUCCCAUAGGGAUGCAGUUAUUAAGAAGGGCGUCAGAUGACCCGAUACAAUUACAUGGUCAUUUUACCGCAAUUGUUAAGCAAAUCAUGUGGUUAAGUGAAUCAUGCAUUUAUUCUGCAAACUCCCAAUCCCCAAUUGAUACUGCGUAUUGGAAGCCUGCUGCAAAGAUCACAAAACAGAAUCGUGAGACUGUAACUGCUGUAAAUGCUAGCCAGAUGCCAAAUGGCCAGAUUUCAAUCACAUAAUGGGGUGUGUGACAGUUACAACUUCGAGGACAGUCAAUCGCACUCUCUCUCACACCAACUCACCUCACA